AUAGGAAAUCCAUUUCUCCUAAUUUACAGAUUCGCAAAACGAAAGUACAAAAAUAUUUUUGAAUUAAAUUUAAUUUGAACUAAUUUGAAGGUUGUCAAGGUGACUUUCAGGAACCAUUGAAUGAUAAAAAUAGAAAGAUUAAAAUUGCUUGUCAUGUAUUGCAAUAGAUGAAUUAAAUAGAUGUGAAUUGUUUAUCUCAAAAUUUGUUUAUCGAUUUCGAAGGCCGAAUAAGAUUAUAUUCGAAAUAAAUAUAAUAAUGACCGGAGAGCAUGUGAAACAUAUUUUUCUUCUUCUCUAAACACAUCCUAAUCAUAGAAAACCAAUGACGUUUGACAUGUAUAUAAAUAUCUAAAAACAGCUGUUGCUGAGAAUUUUGAAGUUCUGUGAGAAUUAAUAAGAAUCGUCAACAAAUGUGUUUUUAAAAUGGUUUGAAAAGGACUUGAUUUGAAGAGAGAAAAAUUGUGUUUUGAUGAUAAUAAUUGCGGGAGUGUAUAAUAAAUAAUGGACAAGAAUAUGUGUAAUAUAAACGAUAAUCUCGAGGAAAGUCCCGAUGAAACGGAAGUUACUAAUAGGAUUUUUAAAGUUGAAAGCGAUGAAGAGUUAAGGCCUUUGAGCGAUGCAGACAAACCUAUUCUUUGGGUGAAUGAUAAUUUAGACCUAGAUGAUGAUCUUUCGUUUCCAAAUAUAUCAAAUUUCUUUCAUCGAGUGGACAGUAACCAAAUUUUGUAUGAGACUAAGAAGAGGAAAGUGAAAAUGGUAGGAAAAUAUGUGAUGGGAGACUUAUUGGGGGAAGGUUCUUAUGGUAAAGUCAAAGAAAUGUUAGACUCAGAGAAUCUUUGUAGAAGAGCAGUGAAAAUUUUAAAAAGACGUAAACUACGACGAAUACCGAAUGGAGAACAAAACGUUGAAAGAGAAAUAAGCUUAUUGAAAAAAUUAAAUCAUAAAAAUGUUAUUGGUCUAGUCGAUGUAAUUUAUAAUGAGGAAAAGCAAAAAAUGUACUUGAUUAUGGAAUUUUGCGUUGGGAGCUUACAAGUUAUGUUGGAAUCAACAACGUUGAAAAAAUUUCCACUUCAUCAGGCUCAUGGGUAUUUCACACAGCUCAUUGACGGUUUGGAAUACCUGCAUAGCAUGAGGAUUAUUCAUAAAGAUAUUAAGCCUGGCAACUUGUUACUAACUUUAGAAGGAGAUCUGAAGAUUUCUGAUCUAGGGGUAGCCGAGACUAUAGACCUUUUCGCAGAAGACGAUACAUGUUUUCAAGGGCAAGGUUCACCAGCUUUUCAGCCGCCAGAAAUUGCCAAUGGGGUAGAAUCAUUUCCUGGUUUCAAAGUGGAUGUUUGGAGCUCAGGUGUCACAUUAUAUAAUAUCACUACCGGAAAAUAUCCAUUUGAAGGUGAUAACAUCUAUAGGUUAUUCGAAAGUAUAGGGAAGGGAGAGUUCACUAUUCCUUCUGAAAUUGAGGAUUCCCUUAGAUCAUUAUUGACAGGAAUGCUCGAUAAAGAUCCUUAUGAAAGAUUCAGUAUACAACAAAUAAGGCAACAUUCAUGGUUCUUGAGGAAGCCACCUAAAUUAAAUGUGAAAGAAGUUCCUAUACCCCCUUUGCAAGGAGACAGUUUACAUAAAAUGACAGUACUACCUUAUUUAGAAAAUCAUUAUUAUGAUUUUUCAAAUACAGAAGAAGAUGAUGGUUCAGCACAUUAUAUAACAGAGAGAGAAUUGAAUGAAAUAAAGAAGAACAAUGAAGAACAAAAUAAUGAGAAGGCUGUAGUUGCACAAAAUACUAAAAGAAAAUGGAAGAAGAUAUCAUGCUUAACUUUGAGGUCGAUACCUGGUUGCAGACAGUCGUGACACUUCUUGUUAUAUUCUAUAGAAUAUUUUUGAUAAAUAAAUUACUGGUUACUUGUACCUUAUUCUGGAACAGUUGUUAAUAUAUUGUUUUGAAGGUGAUCCAGAUUGAGUCCCAAUAUUGCAAUAAUGAACUUUUAAAUUUCUUAUAUCAUCAUUUAGUCAACAAAACAAUUUUAAAUUUAUUUAUGCUUGAUAUGUUCAUUUUCUUUGUCAGAAAAUUUAUUUAUGAUUUGUUAUUCUAUAUUAUAUUUUAUUGAAAUUUCCAAAAAUUUAUUUUGGAAAAUCAGAUUGUUUUGUUAGAUCAAACAUUUUUUUUUAAUUUGAAAUACAAAAUAACUGAUCACCCCGGAUUUUUGUUGUUUUUCCACUUGUUGAUUGUAUACAGUUUAAUAGGCAUUGUAAUCUUAAGAAUGUAUGCCAAAUUGGCAGGUGAUGAACUGUGGAGAAUUUUCUUCCUCCAAUUUUUGGGAAAAUUAAAUCUCCUUUCAAAACCAA